UUCUCUUCUAUUUAUACACACUGGGCACUGAGGCUGAUAAUCCCAACCCAAAGCUUUCUCUCAAUUCCGUUUAAUCUUUUCUCUCAACUUUUUUGGCACAAUGGGAACUGUAUUUAGAGCACUUGCGCUCGGCCUUUUUCUUUCGAGCCUAUUGUUUUCGAUUGCAAUUUCAGAACCAGAUGAUGGGCUGAUCCGGAUCGGGCUGAAAAAGUUGAAUUUGGACCAAAACAACCGGCUUGCCGCUAGGCUUGAGUCCAAAGAAGGAGAAGAAUUGAGAGCUUCGAUAAGGAGGUAUAGUCCACGGGGUAAAACUGUAAAUAAUGCAGAGACUGAUAUUGUUGCGCUGAAGAAUUAUAUGGAUGCUCAGUACUUUGGAGAGAUUGGUGUCGGAACACCACCUCAGAAAUUCACCGUUAUAUUCGAUACUGGUAGCUCCAAUCUGUGGGUUCCUUCUACGAAAUGCUAUUUUUCCGUUUCGUGUUUCUUCCAUACCAAAUACAAGUCGAGCCAGUCGAGUACCUAUAAAAAGAAUGGAAAAUCUGCCGCAAUUCAAUAUGGAACUGGAGCUAUCUCUGGAUUUGUUAGUGAGGAUAGCGUCAAAAUUGGUGGUCUAGUGGUCAAGGAUCAGGAAUUUAUCGAGGCAACAAGUGAACCAGGUGUCACAUUUUUGGUUGCUAAGUUUGAUGGCAUAUUGGGACUUGGUUUCAAAGAGAUCUCCGUCGGAAAUUCAACCCCUGUCUGGUACAACAUGCUUAAGCAAGGUCUUAUUAAGGAACCCGUGUUCUCAUUUUGGCUCAACCGCAAUGUGGGUGACGAACAAGGUGGUGAAAUUGUCUUCGGUGGUUCCGAUCCAAAUCAUUACAAGGGUCAACAUACAUAUGUUCCCGUCACACAGAAAGGGUAUUGGCAGUUUGAGAUGGGUGAUGUUCUAAUUGACGGUAAAGAAAGUGGUUAUUGUAGUGGUGGAUGCUCGGCAAUUGCAGAUUCCGGGACUUCUCUCUUAGCUGGCCCAACUACUGUGAUCACCAUGAUUAACCAUGCGAUCGGAGCCUCUGGAGUUGUUAGCAAAGAAUGCAAGUCUGUGGUCGAUAAAUACGGGCAAACUAUUAUGGAUCUUCUUUUGGCAGAGGCAAAACCAAAGAAGAUAUGCUCCCAAAUUGGAUUAUGCACAUUUGAUGGAACUCGUGGUGUGAGUGGGGCAAUCGAGAGUGUUGUUGAUGAGAAAGAAGGAAGAUCGUCCGGCAUGAGUGAAGCCAUGUGCCCUGCUUGUGAAAUGGCCGUUGUUUGGAUGCAAAACCAACUCAAGCAAAACAAGACUCAAGACCACAUUUUGAACUAUGUCAACGAGUUGUGUGAGAAACUGCCUAGUCCAAUGGGACAAUCAGCUGUUGACUGUGCAAGCAUUUCUUCUAUGCCUAGCGUUUCCCUCACAAUCGGCGGAAAGAAAUUCGAUCUCGCUCCAAAAGAGUACAUACUCAAGGUGGGUGAGGGUGCUCAAGCACAGUGCAUAAGUGGUUUCACCGGUCUCGAUAUUCCUCCUCCCCGUGGACCUCUUUGGAUUUUGGGAGAUAUUUUCAUGGGUCGAUACCACACCGUGUUCGAUUACGGCAAGCUAAGAGUUGGGUUUGCUGAAGCAGCUUAGAAAAAAACACUCGUUUUAAGGUUAUAAGUAGAGACUCGUUUCUGUGUGUAUCUGUGUGCAAACAGAGUGGUUUAGACAUUUGUUUUUUUUAAGGUACUGUCUUUUGCCUUAAACAAAAACAGAUUUAUGUAAAUGUAUGCACUACUCUGUUUUACCUUAUAAUAUAUAAGAGUCCUCUUUUAUUAAU